GUGCCAUCACCGAGCGCUCUGAAAAGUUCAGGGAUAAAAGAAGCACGGCAUGGUGCUGGCUGAUACCAACAGAUCAACUGUCGCGCAAAGCCACGGAGAAACUAUGAAAUCCUUGAUGGGUGAGGAGCGCGCGCUUGAGACAGGUGCAAGCGUGGAAACUUCUAACGGCAUGAUGAUCUCCGAGGUUCUUAUCCCUCGCCUAUUCAAAAUUGCGCACGAGUCAGGAGAGGUGGCAGUGGCUGCGGGCUCCGGAUCCUUGGAAAUGAAGCCUUCUAGCUUCCCGAUCCUUCUGGAGAUGAUGGAGGUGGCGAACGGCACUCGCUGCGCGGAGCAGAUCCUCAGCUACGGAGAGGUCGAGAAGGUGCUGAUCGGUGGUGUGCUGACCAUGCUCACGCUUAUCACCAUUUGCGGGAACUUGCUUGUGGUCAUCUCCGUGUGUUUCGUGAAAAAGCUACGGCAGCCCUCCAACUAUCUCAUCGUGUCCCUCGCGCUCGCGGACCUCUCCAUUGCGCUCGCGGUGAUGCCGUUCGUCAGCAUCACGGACCUGAUCGGUGGCCGCUGGAUUUUUGGCAAGUUCUUCUGUAACGUGUUUAUAGCCAUGGACGUGAUGUGUUGCACCGCGUCCAUCAUGACCCUAUGCGUUAUUAGCAUCGACCGGUACCUUGGCAUCACCAGACCCCUAACUUACCCAGUGAGACAGAACGGCUGGUGUAUGGCCAAAAUGGUGCUUUCUGUCUGGCUGCUUUCUGCAUCAAUCACUUUGCCACCGCUCUUUGGCUGGGCACAGAACGUGAACGAUGAUCGUGUGUGUCUGAUCAGCCAGGACUUUGGCUACACUAUUUACUCUACAGCUGUUGCAUUUUACAUUCCCAUGACUGUCAUGCUGGUCAUGUAUUACCGCAUCUACCGUGCAGCCAAGCUCAGCGCUGCCAAACACACCAUCACCGGCUUCCCUCGUGCAGGACAGGAGGAGGAAGAGGAGAAUGAGGUGGAAGGGGAAGAGGCUGACGGUGCGGAAGAACAUGUGGAAGUGGAUUGCGUAACUGUGGCAAUAAAACUGCAGAGGGAGGUGGAAGAGUGUGCGCGUCUGCCGCGACUCCUGCGAGGAGUGGGCAAGUGGAACUCGGACCGCAGGAACAUCUCCAUAUUUAAGAGGGAACAGAAGGCUGCGGCCACGCUCGGGAUUGUGGUUGGAGCAUUUACCGUCUGCUGGCUUCCAUUCUUUCUCCUCUCCACGGCCCGGCCCUUCAUCUGCGGAACAGAGUGUAGCUGUGUCCCCCUGUGGGUGGAGAGAACGCUGUCGUGGCUAGGAUACGCCAACUCACUCAUUAACCCCUUUAUCUACGCUUUCUUCAACCGUGACUUACGCACCACUUACCGAAGCCUGCUCAGCUGCCGUUACCGCAAUAUUAACCGCAGACUGUCAGCCGCCGGCAUGCAUGAGGCCCUACGACUGGUGGAAAGAACGGAGGUGGUUGUCUCUGGGUGACCCCGAACUGUGCAAACAAAGUUCAGAGGUCAACAUUUGCACAGGAACUCACAAGCCUAAAUGGUCAUGAUGGCAUUUAGGAUUGUGUCAUGUUUGGACAGUACACAGUCCAAAACAGUGGUCAAAUUAGACAGAGGCAUGUGUUAUGGACAAAGCAAUUGAAUUUUCUCAUCUUUGCUGACAGAGGAACAUAAUCACUGGCUUUCUUUUAGUAGAACAAGAGAAAAAUACAUAUAGUUGAUGAAUCAAUUUGAGUCACACACACACACACACACACAUAUAUAUAUCCACCAGUAUCCUGAUAUCUUGUCAGUCGAGGGACUCUGGAUAUACAGAUCAAUAGAACUGUAGGGAGAAAUCGGUUUAGAUUUAUUUAUUCUUGAAAACAGAUAACCGCUCAGCUUGGUUUCUGUGUUAAAAACGUUUAUCGAGCCAUGAGAAACUCAAUUGUCAGCUGUCAGCACCUGUUAUUUCACAUAGUGUGAUUCAUCUGUGUCUGAAUCUUGCGCCUCUGUGCUAAACACAACUAAAGGCAAACCAUUUCAUUCUGCACAUGCCCACUCUGUAUAAAAUCACUGACUGUUUUAUGUAUUGAUGGAAAGCGCAUUAAAGCACAGAUCUAAUGUCAGGCUAAGCUUCUUUCUGCAGCUGUGAUUAAGCCAGAAGGAACAGGACGUAAUCUGAUUAGAGAUCAGCAAUUAAAGGGAUUUUGAUGAGAUUGACUCGGGUCUCUUUUUUUGUAGGUAUCUAUUUAUAGUUUGAUUCUGCUGGGAUCUUAUGUGAUUGGCUUGUAUGUCGCUAUUAUUUAUUUAUCAUACAUGCCACUGAAAAAUUCAUGCAAUUGUAAUCAGAUUCACUCUUUUGAGUCCCUCACAAUUAAGUGUGCAUAAAAAUAUCAACAAAUUUGUAAUGACUUUUGUACUUAUGUCUACCUGUGUAAAUAUUAUAAACAGAUGCACCAAAAUGUAAAGAUAUCAUUGUCUUUUUACUGUAGAUGUUUUAAUGUUACUCCUUGUGCAUAUUUUGAAAUAAAGGAUCA